CGGAACUUCACGGGUAGUGUAGUUGUAGUGACCGGUUCCUCGUCGGGCAUCGGAGAGGGAAUCGUUAAACUGUUCUCAAUAUUAGGGGCUAAUGUUGUGGUCACCGGAACGACAGCCACUAAGGUUCAACGAGUGGCCAAAGAGGUUAAAAUGUUCGGACCGGCUUUGCCAGCGGCUAAAGCGGGUAUAAAUAUGUUGACCGAAAUAUUGGCUCUGGAAUUGGGACCCAAAGGUAUUCGUGUCAAUGCUAUUAGCCCGGGUAUAAUACAUGUAACAGAACCUCCUAACCUAUUGGAAAAGUUAGUCCCAAAAUACACGCCAUUGGGAAGAGUGGGUCAACCCCUAGACAUCGCCCGUGCGGUCGCAUUCCUGGCCUCCACUGACGCCCACUUUAUUACCGGCGCUAAUGUUGUGGUCGACGGCGGACUUGUAUAUAACGCGGGUGUUUUGAAUACAUUCGCAGACUAUCCUAUAGAGGACUAUAAGGUGGUCGCAAAGUCCCGGGACUUUACGGGGAAAGUGAUUCUCGUGACCGGUUCCUCGUCGGGCAUCGGAGAGGGAAUCGUUAAAUUGUUUUCCAUAUUAGGGGCUAAUGUUGUGGUCUGUGGAACGACUGCCACUAAAGUUCAACGAGUGGCCAAAGAGGUGCAGGAGUUGUCACCACUAAAACUGAAGCCAUUAGAAGUUGUGGGAGAUUUGACCAAAACUUCUGAUGUAAACAAUUUAAUCGAUUCUACGAUUAAAACGUUUGGCAAAAUUGAUGUAUUGGUUAAUAACGCCGGUAUAUAUCCGCUGACAAACAUUACACAACCGGAUCUGUUAUCAGUUUGGGAUAAGAUUUUUGCCGUCGAUUUACGCGCUGUCGUAGAACUCAUCCACCGAUCGGUUCCACAUCUGGAGAAGACUAACGGAACUAUUAUUGAUAUUUCAAGUGUGGCUUCAAUGACCCCGGUCAAAUUUGAGCUAGCCUAUUCAUCCGCUAAAGCAGGUAUGGAUAUGUUGACCAAAAUAUUAGCCCUGGAAUUGGGACCCAAAAAUAUUCGCGUUAAUACUAUUAAUCCCGGUAUUAUACAUGUUGGAGACCCUCCCAGUCCUAUAGAAGUAUUCGCGUCCAAAUACAUACCGUUGGGAAGAGUGGGUCAACCCCUAGACAUCGGCUGUGCGGUCGCAUUCCUGGCCUCUACUGACGCACAGUUUAUAACCGGCGCUAAUGUUGUGGUCGACGGCGGCAUUAUAUUCAAUGUCGGCGUUGCGAAUACACUAAACAUAUAA